CUUCUCUCUGUCCUUCUUUUUCUUUUUCUUUUUUUUUUUAAUCUAAUUCUUCUAAGUAUAUCAAUGCUUUCUCGAUUCGGAAAGAUCGGUUCUCGAUCUUUACAUCCUCAACAUGUAAAAAGCUUACAAUCAACCACUUUACUUCGAUCUCGUCUCCUUUCACAGCGUCGUUUGUUUACCUCGGAAAAGGAUGGUAAAAAGGUGGAAAACAGUAAUAAUGAUGGCAAACCUUUCAACAUUCCCAAAGGUUUCGAAGGAUUCUUUGGAAAAGAUGCUGGAAAAUCAACAAGCAAACGAUCAUCUGAAUCCAAGAAAGCUUCUGAAGAAGGUUCAGCGAAACAUGACAGCAACAAGCACAACAAUAAUACUGACAGUGGCAAAAAGUCAAGCAACAAUGGUGGUAGCGGUAACAAACCUCCUGAAUUACAAAUCAAUGCCAAUAUGGUUCUGGGAACUGCUGUUGGUACCUGGUUACUGUGGAAGUUAUCCUCUCCUGGUGAAAACUCUCGUGAAAUUACAUGGCAAGGAUUCCGAACACAACUUUUAGAUAAAGGUCUAGUAGAUCGUCUUGUAGUAGUUAACCGUAACCGUGUACGUGUACAUCUUCGUCCUGAAUCUACCUCACUUGGUGUGGCUUCGCAACAAACAUUUGUAUUCAGUAUUGGCUCGGUAGAUGGAUUCGAACGCAAAUUGGAUGAUGCACAAAAUGAAUUGGGUAUCCCUUCAGCUGAACGUAUUCCUGUCUCUUAUCAUGAAGAAAUCAGUCUUCUCAAUACUGCUUUACACUUUGCUCCUACCAUGCUUUUGAUUGGUGUUCUGUAUUAUAUGACUAAACGUGGUCCUGGCGGUGGUGGUCAAGGCAUCUUUGGCAUUGGAAAAAGCAAAGCUAAAAUGUUUAAUCAAGAAACUGAUGUCAAGGUCAAAUUCAAGAACGUUGCUGGUGCAGACGAAGCUAAAGAAGAAAUUAUGGAAUUUGUAAAGUUUUUGAAGAAUCCUGCUCUUUACGAACGUUUAGGUGCUACUAUUCCUCGUGGUGCUAUUCUAUCAGGUCCUCCUGGUACCGGUAAAACACUUUUGGCCAAAGCUACUGCGGGUGAAGCCGGAGUUCCUUUCUUCAGUGUAUCUGGUUCAGAAUUUGUGGAAAUGUUUGUUGGUGUUGGUCCAUCUCGUGUUCGUGAUCUAUUUGCCAAUGCGAAGAAGAAUGCUCCUUGUAUCAUUUUCGUGGAUGAAAUCGAUGCUAUCGGUAAAGCUCGUGGUAAAGGUGGACAAAUGGGUGGUAAUGAUGAAAGGGAAAGUACAUUGAAUCAAUUAUUGGUGGAAAUGGAUGGUUUUGGAUCAAGUGAACAUAUUGUAGUUUUGGCUGGUACGAAUCGUCCCGAUGUAUUGGAUCCUGCUUUAAUGCGUCCUGGUCGUUUUGAUCGUCAUAUUGCUAUUGAUCGUCCUGAUAUUGGUGGUCGUGCUCAAAUCUUCAAGGUACAUCUCAAACCUAUCAAAACAACGGAAGAUAUGGAACAACUAUCUCGCAAGCUUGCUGCUUUGACACCUGGUUUCUCUGGUGCUGAUAUUCACAAUGUCUGUAAUGAAGCUGCCUUGAUUGCUGCUCGUCAUCAAAAGGAUGAAGUACAAGAAGUUGAUUUUGAACAAGCUAUUGAACGUGUUAUUGCUGGUUUGGAAAAGAAAUCUCGUGUAUUAUCCCCUGAAGAAAAGAAGACAGUGGCCUAUCAUGAAGCUGGACAUGCUGUUGCUGGUUGGUAUUUACAACAUGCUGAUCCUUUAUUAAAGGUUUCCAUUAUCCCUCGUGGUGUGGCUGCUCUUGGUUAUGCUCAAUACUUACCCAAGGAUCAAUACUUGUAUUCUGAAAAACAAUUGGCUGAUCGUAUGUGUAUGACUCUUGGUGGACGUGUGGCGGAACAAAUCUUCUUUGGUUCUAUCACAACAGGAGCUCAAGAUGAUUUACAAAAGGUAACCAAGAUUGCUUACGCACAAGUGACAACAUAUGGUAUGAAUCCCAAGGUUGGACCCUUAUCUUUCCAUGAUCCCAACUCUGAACAACAAUUCCAAAAGCCUUACAGUGAACAAACUGGAUCUCUGAUUGAUGAUGAAGCUCGUAAAUUGGUGACUGAUGCUUACACUAGGACAGUAGACUUACUUACCGAAAAGAAGGCAGAUGUGGAAAAGGUGGCUAAACUCUUAUUAGAAAAGGAAGUGAUUACUCGUGAAGAUAUUGAAAAUACUUUGGGCAUGCGUCCUUUCAAAGAAAAGACUGUAUAUGAUGAAUACGUUAGAAAACCAUCAAAGGUAAUUAUUUGAAAAAAAAAAAACAUUUUCUAUAUAUUGAUCCUUUAUAUAUAUAUAUAUAUAUAUAUAUAUAUAUAUAUAUUAAUAAUCUAGGUUGAAGCUCCUCCUCCUUUCCCUGAAGAUGUUCCUCCCAGUACUGGCGAAGU